AUGUUCGACCAGUCUACACCUCCGAUUAUGCCGCUGCCGACCACCACCACCUCCACCACGACGUCGGUGGGGCCUAUCCCCACAGUCAUCCCCGGCGUCAUCCCGAUCUUCCAGGAAGUUCAUGACGCGGGCAAGCGAACGCUAUGGGUCGUCACCGUGCUAAUGGGCAUAUCGUCCUUGGUAUUCUAUAUCCUCGGCGCCCGAGCUCCCUUGCCUAAGCGGAUCUUUCACACAAUAACCUCCCUAAUAACCACCAUCUCCUUCAUAACCUACCUCGCCCUAGCAACAGGCCAAGGCAUCGCCUGGAAACAUGUCGCCAUCGCCGAGCGCCACAAACAUGUCCCAGAUACAUCCCAAGAAUAUCUCCGCCAGGUGCUCUGGCUCCGCUACGUGAACUGGGCGCUAACCACACCCCUCCUUUUGGUGAAUCUAUCCCUGCUCUCCGGCCUGCCAGGCGCGAAUCUCGUUGCGGCCAUCGCGGCCGAUCUGGUCAUGUUGGCCUCGGGUCUGCUCGGUUCCUUUGCUGGACAUACCCGCCAGCGAUGGGUGUGGCUGACGCUGAGCUGUAUUUCGUAUCUGACUGUGAUCCACCACGCGGGAUUCCAUGCGGCUCACGCGGCGAGGAAUAAAGAUGCGCAGACGAAGAGGUUCUUUGGGUCGUUUGCUGCGGUGGGGUUGCUUGUUUAUGCUCUGUAUCCGAUCUCACUUGCCUCUGGAGCUCUUGCGCUCAAACUCAGCGUUGACACGGAGACUAUCCUCUUUGCGAUUAUGGAUGUCAUGAUGCAGGGGAUUUUGGGGUACUGGCUUCUGCUGGCGCAUGAGAGCGUGCGCGGACUAACCCUUCAUAUUGACGGCUUUUGGGCCCAGGGAGUGGCCAAUGAGGGUGCUAUUCGCAUCGCGGAUGAAGAAGAG